GCUUGCAGCAGUUUCAAAAAAGGACUGUAGACUCAAUGCAUGGGCCUUUUCCUUUCUUUGCAUCCAAUUUGAUGAGCACUUCAUUAUUUCUAUGGUCUGGGUCACUUCAUGCCUGCAGGCUCUCUUCAUAAAAAGAAGCUGGCAAAGAGACCAGGAUACAUGAGACCAGAAGCUCAGCAACAGAUAGAGCUUCAGCCUCCUGCUGACUGCCAGCCAUUCAACCCAAAGGGGCUUAAACAUGGCAGUAAACCUUGUGAGGACUUCAAGAAUUGCUCUCUGCACAGACGAGGCAAAAAUGACUUUGAAUUCUCACAUUGUAAUUCAUCUGUAAACAGCACCAUAGUUACCACCAGUGUGGUAAUGUCAUCAACCACUGCUGGAAAUACACCAGGGAGCGGCAGAAAUCUACCAGAUCGCAGGAGUCGGCACUCAGAAAACGUAAUUAUGCCGGUUUGCCCUGGAGCUGCCAUAUGCAAAGGAGACUUCUCACCUGGAUACACUUCAGCUACAUGGCACACUGACUUACUAACAACUGCAUGGCAGACAAGCCACAGUGGGAGAGUAGAGGACCUGCAAAAAAUGUCCACUGUCAAACAGAAGGAAGUGAACAAUCACUGUGAACAUGAAAACAAAGAAGUCCCUUCUCACGCUCCCAUUUCUCAAGAUAGCUUUAAUUCAAGUUUUAGCUUCAUACAGCUCUCUCUGAACUCAAGUUAUGAAAGAAAUACCACCGAAAGCCAGUCAGAUGGCAGGGGAGCUGAAUGUGUUCUACAAACAAAUGUAACAGGAAAAAUAGAAAAAGUGAAUCUGGGCGAACUGGGAGAGAGAGGAAGAAGUUCUCAUAAGGACCUGGGGGCUUCAUCUUGCCUCUGUAGGCAUAGUGAGGAUUAUAAGUAUGCAAGAGAGACCAUUUGGAACGAUAAACUGCAGGAUUGUGAGACAGUGUCUCUUUCAGAUACAGAUGCAACAUUUUCAUGUUCCACAGAUUCUUCAGAUGCAGCAUCUGCUGGUUCUUCUGUUACCUCAGGCUAUGAAAGUAGCUUUACUAUUAGUGAUCACAACUGGGACACUCUGAUGAGGAAAUAUGAGCCUGUGCUCCUGGACUGCUUACUUGGCAACCGUAGUACAUUAAAGAUAAAAGCCUUAAUGUUAAGGCUUCAGAGGCUACAAGAAAAAGCAGUAGAGGAAGAUGAUUAUGAUAAAGCGGAUAAAUUUAAAAAGAAACUGGAAGAACUGGAGAGAGAGAAGAAUUCUUUAAAAUUUCAGCUUCCUUCAAGUCAUCCUUCAAUUAGCAGCUUCUUGGGCAGAUUUCGUGUGCAAGUUCAAGCAACACUGUCGUGGGCUGCAGAUCGAGGUAGAAGUGAAGAAAUGCAACUCCGGCAAGAAAAUGAACAGAAACUUCUGAGUCCUGCUUACCAUGAGAGGAUACAGAUUUCAACUGCAAAGAGAGACCAACUUCUUCAAGAAAAGACAUGGUUACAGAAAGAAACUGAAGACCUCAGAGCAAGGCUGACUGUGCUAGAAGCAAGGGAUCAACAAUUAAGAAGAGAAAUUGAAGCUCAAGAUAGACUUAUUCAGUUGCAGGACUGUGAACUGCCUGCCUGCCUUGGCUUUGUAAGUCUGAGAGAGCUGCAAGAAAUAAGCAAGGCUUUGGAUGAUACUUUAGGUUCAUCAUGUCAAAUUCCAUUUAGUUUGGACCUCCCAGGAACCAUAAAGAGCCUUCAGGAAAAAGAACAGUCACUCAGCAUGUCCAUUAAAGAAACUGCUGCCAAAGUUUGUACCUGUCAGAAACUCUGCAGUACUUUGAGGAGGAAAGUGAGUGAUAUUGAAACCCAACUACCAGCUCUACUUGAAGCCAAAAUGCUUGCUGUGUCAGGACGUAAUUUCUGUACUGCUAAGGAUCUUGCAGAAGAAAUUAGAUCAUUAACAUCUGAGAAAGAAGGGCUGGAGGGACUUCUCCAAGAGCUCUUGGUACUGAGUGCCAGAAAUGUCCGAAAAUUAGAGAGAAUUAAAGAAGAUUACAACAGACUGAAACAAGAACUGGAGCAGGGGGAGUCUGCCUUUGAGGCAAAUGUGAAAGAAAAUGCUGUGAAAUACAUGGACAUGCUGGAGGACAAACUUCACAGCUGUGGGACCCAGCUGCUCCAGAGAGUGUGGGAAGCUGACUUGGAGGCCUGUCAGCUGUUGAUCCGAGGGUUUCAGCUGAAAGAAGCUGGUUGCUGUGUUUCUGAGGAAGACAAGAACCAAGCAGAUGAGAUGGAGGCUGCAGCUGAUGGCUGCUUGGAUCCUGAAAAAGGAAGAGAAAAUCACAUCCCAAAGGGCACAGAGUGGGGCAUUUCUCCAUGCCCCAAACCCUGUAAGCUGAAAGAGGUUGUGGAGGAUAUUUCAUUUGGUGCAGAAGAUCGUUUGUCUGAGGAAUUCUAUAUACUUUCUGCAGAGCUGGGAGAAAAAUGUGAAGCAAUAAAUGAGAAAUUGGUGUACUUAGAAGGCCAACUUCAGACUGCAAUUUGCAACAUUGAUGAAGGACUUAUUCAGUCUCUACAGAGGGAGAUCCAGAUGGUAAAGGAAACUCUGCAGGCCAUGCUGGUGCAGCUCCAGCCAGCUAAGGAGGCAGGAGAAGAUGAAGCUAGAGACUUCCUCUAUGACAGCUGGUGUCCAGGAAAACAAGACUUACAGGAAUAAUAGGGAGGGGGCUGGUGCUAUAACAUUAAUUCACAAAGGACUGCUUUCAGUAACUGGAUACUGUCUCACCAAGCCUUGAGGAUCUCUUCUCUCCCUGCAUAACUAAUAACAACUAAAUCAAUUAUGGAGAAACAGAGCCUGGAGGUCUAUCAACAGAAGUAUUCUACACUGCUUCACAUGCUCUGGCACAGAUUGGAAAACAGCUUUCAGAGCAGAGCAACUCCUGUAAAUGUGUAGAUUACAAAUUGAUAUGGUUCAAAGGAUUCUGUGGAGUUUGUCUCAUAGUCGGUGAGAUUUUUCUAGUAGUUUCCUUCCUUGCUCACGUGGUCUCUAAAACAGUGAUUGUCAACCAGUGUGCCUGGGGUACUCUACGGUGCUGUGACAUCUUUUGAAGGGGUGCCAUGAGGUAUGAAAAAAUAAGCAGGAGCAAAGCAAUAAGUAGAGGCUCAGACUGCUUGGCCCCUCUCUUGCCCCCACAGCCUAGUCCCUCUGUAAGGAGGUAAGCACUGUCAUAAAUACAUUUGUUUUUUAAAUGGGUUGCUGUCCAUGUCACACAAAAUUAUGGAGGGGGUGCCCUGAGUCAAACACAGGGUGCCUUAAGUCUAAAAAGGUUGAGAACCAGUGCUCUAAAAUACACAUUUUUUUCUGCUUCAAAAUGUAACCUUAGAACUUAUCUCUUCAGUAUUGCUGAAAGAGGGCUGGGAGGGAAUAAGGUGGGUUUUUUUGCUUAUUUUCUUCCUAACAUCUUCCUUAUCCCAACUUACUAGUUUUCUGACUACUACAAAAAUAUGAGACCACUAGGCUAGAAUUCAGGAGAAUAACCAAAUUCUUCUAUAUUAAAUUAGGACUGCAUUUUCCCAGUGGCACUCUGAAUAGCAGAGAUAAUUAACAGCAGACUACAGAAUAAUGGCUUUUUGACUGUUUUCAUUUGCAGCUUCUGUAAUAUUAUAGGAAAUGCAUAUUAAUACCCAAAGCACAAAACAUUCUUGGUAAUGACCUGAUGAUUUGUGGCUUUUUUAUUUAAAUAGUAUAUGGAAUUAUUUUUUUUUCAAGAAAAGUUUUAAAUAGAAUUACACUUACUUCUUUGAUCUUCCUUAAAAAUGUCAUAAAACAAAGAGGUUUUUUUGCAAAGGAAUUUUAUAUGUAAUUUUAUAUGUAUUCUUGUUUGAUAAAGUUGUGUCAUCAGUUUAAUAUCUUUGAUACAGAAAAUGACAGGAUUUUUUAAUGGAAACCAACUAAAUAUGAAAGUGUUCAAACAGCGAGUAUUCAUAAAUCUAAGCAUUUUUAUUUGGAUACUAAGAUACAUUGAGUUUAUCACAUUUUUAAAAGAACUUUUGCUUCUGCAAUUUGUUGCAGAGACUGUGAGGGAGAAGAUUUAUUUAAAAACGAAAGCAGCUCUUUUAAAAAACUGGUUAAUUCAAUCUUUAAAUCACUAGAUUGAGCCAACCACAACAGUCUAUUGUACCUCAUUUUUUAAACUAUUAAAAAUAGACUUUUUCUUAAAACAAUCUUUCCUGUUUAUACAUUUUGAGAUACUGGUUCCACACCUAUAGCAUGAAGGCUACUCAGAUAAUAGCCCCGGUAUUGCUCACCAUUUAGUCCUACAAAAUUGUCUUCAUUCGUGCUUUGUUUACUUAAAUACUAGAGUUAGAAAUUCUACCUCAAAACUGUAAAAUUUACAGAGAGGAAAUAAAUGCCAGGCAGCUGUGACUUACAGCAGGGUUAUAUAUAAUUCCAACUAGGGAUGUAAGGAUGUCAAACCAUGAGAGAAAAGCUCAGUUGGUUUAUGUAGUCAUCAUAUCCUCGGGAUGGAAUUACAGCCCUGUAAUUCAGAACAUGGCUGGCUUUUUAUCUUUGUACAAUACAUGGAUCAGUGUCCAUGUUGUGGCUGAGUGUCCUGGAUCCGUGCCUUGCAUGGGCUGCAAUUCUUCCAUCUCCCACUAUAUACUUUCUCUUCCCCUUCUGCAGCCUCCUUUGGAGAGCUCAUGCUGCUGCCUCUUCAAUCCCUACCUACUCACACUCUCUCUGCUUCCCUAGAGAGUUUUUACAUACUUUCCCCCCCACUUUUCACUUUCUGCAAAUUCCCAUGAAGUGGAUGGACAAGUCAUUAGUCACUAGCUGUAGAUGGUGUGCAAGCUGUAUCCUGCCAUUCUUCUGCAAGAGGAUGACAUUCAUUCCUGUGCACGUGGCUCGCUCAAGGCCUGGGUACCCUUUACAUUCCAGUUAAUCCAGGCAGGCAGGAGGGAGGAUACUGUGACUUGUUCUGCACAGGGAUACAUUUCAGCCAGAGAGCUCACACUGGAAUCAGUGCAAGUUCCCAGUAAAAACUGAGGGUAGAAUAUGGCUGUAAGAGUCUUAAAACGGUUAGCCAAGCCAAGUGCUUUGGAAAUAUUACUAUUGUGCCUAUAUUGGGGUUAAUAUAAAUUGGGCAAAACGCACUAGACUACCACCACAGAGGAGCAGAUUGUGAACUCCCCAUUCACUUAAGCAAGUGGUUGUGCAUGUGACUAGUCCCACUGGGAGCAUGCAGAGUCUUGUCCUUGUUGACUAUGCAAUGUGUGACACAAAUGAAGUCCACACUGGCCCCACUCAUGAAUCACAAAGCACAAUAUGAAUUGCAUGGAUGGGGAUACUUUGCAAUAGUCAAAGUCAUGGCACUUUUCUUCCAGUGACUCUCAAGAUUUGAGAACUGGGGACAGUUAAUCCUCAGAUGUUUUCUUUGGCACUUUCUAGGCAGUAUGAGUUCUUGAGAAAAUUCCAAUUUGAUUGAAACCUUUCCGCCUUCAUGUUUCAAAGCUUUACAAUGUUGUUGCUGGGUUUUAAUAAUAAUAAAAAAAUGUGUACAACCACUGUAAUAAAAACACUGAAGUCUUAGGAGAGAAGUGAAGCUGUUAGUAUCCACCAUUACUUUAUUCCGAUGUAAUUUUUUUAUGUUUAUGUAUUCACUUUUUUAUUUUAUAUAUGUGGUGGACUACUGCUUUAAUUUAUUAUUCCAUUAACUUUACUGUGUGUUAUGGGGAGUUAGUCAGCUCUAACCAUUCCUCUCCCAAGUCAUUCUGAAUAACAAGUGUAAUAAAAUGUCUGUCAUUCACUGUACCUUGGUUGCUUUUCUUUUACUAUGGAGAGGACAGUUACAAAUAAAGAGAACUUUGUUUUUUGUUU